AUGCGGCGAUGUCCUCGGCGGGUCAAGCACCCGAUUCACGGUUACAGUGGGUUCUGGCAAAUGGAGGUGCGGGUAGCGGUAGGUACAUUAAUUUGGCGGGGUUUUCUAUGGGGGAAAAUGUGGGCUGGACGUGGCCUAAUUAGGAAGGAUCUGCGAGUCGUACGUUCAAUAUCCUAUAGGUUCCAGGGAUCACAAACACUAAUGCGGUGGAGCAAGAUACAUUUUCUUCCUUAGAAAACCUAGCCAAACUGAUGUACCACCAGGA